GUUGGGGUUUUAGCAGUAGAAAGAAGACCUAAGGUCAUGGCGCUUGAAGGAUGGAGGUUUAGAGCAGCGAACUUCUUCUUCCUCAUCAUCGUCUUUGGCUUGCAGCUCUUCAAUGUUCCAUGCUCCAAAGGCUCAUGCUCCAGCCCCAUGGAAGUGGUAGCGGAUUUUCUUUACUCCAAGAAGCUCGCCAGCGACAUAGCCGUGAAAGCUCUCCUCUAUCCAAGCGCGUUCCUCGCCAAGGCCGAAGUUGUCCUGGGAGAUUCUAACGAUGGCUUCUCACUCCCGGACUGGAAAAAUCUUCUCCGGGACUUCAAACGCAAACCAAAACAGAGCAGCGAUCCUCUGGGGCUCGUCUUCGUCGCUGGCUGUUUUUCUUGCCUUCUCGGAGCAUUCCUCAGUGCUUUCGGGAUCACUUUCUUGAGCCCCGCAGGUACGCUCGUAGUUCUCUGGUAUGUUUACACGGCAGGAAAGACGGACCCGAGCAUUCAUCUUCUACCAAUGUUUUCGCUCGCCGUUCUGUGCUCCAUCGCUGCCUUUAACUUGGACAUUGCUUUCAAAGCUAAAGUCUCUUCCGGUGAGAAACUGGAAGCAAAGCAGGACUAGCUGGAAAAAGCACCAAAGAAAAGUAAGAUUAUUUUUUUUGCA